AUGUGUUAUGACUCUUUAGACGAGGUUCGCACUGCGCUGGAUGAAAUCGACGAUCAAAUGCUUGAUCUCUUAAAUCGGCGGCUUGCAGAAGGGCAGUCGUUUCACAUUGGGGUGCCAGUGACGACUGCACGGGCGGCCAUAGGGGCCAUUCUGAACUCCAGCGCUCUUUUUGAACAGUGCAUUCCAGAGUAA